AGGCUCGUCCUCCAGGCCUUGGACCAGGUCGUUGCCUCCGGGCGGGAGCUCGAGCUGUUCCUGGGCCAGGCGGCCACCUACAUGGACGACGUCAAGGGCCUGUUAGACCCCAACAACGAAUGGCUUCACAAGUGCCUCGAGUUCGCCGCCUGGCUCAGCGCGGAGCUCCAGAGCAUCACGGCGGCCGUGAAACAGCACGAGAAGACGUUCGUGGUCGUGCAGGGCUGCAAGGCCGUCGCCAGCAGGAGCGCCCAGGCCCACGACGCCCACCAGCUGGCCUACGAGGA